AUGCCUGAUGAUGCUCUGAGAGUAGAAAAUGGCAAAGGCUGCAGGGUCCCUCUAAAGAGAAGCAUCAGCGGUUGGGAAGGGAGGGUUCUCCAAGCCCAGGCAGCAUCAUCAUGGCUGCCUACCACCUGCAGGCACCUGGUGAAUGCUGGAGUCCUCACUGUCCGUGAUGCUGGAAGCUGGUGGCUGGCUGUGCCCGGAGCUGGGAGAUUCAUUAAGUGCUUUGUUAAAGGACGCCAGGCUGUACUGAGCAUGGUGCGGAAGGCCAAGUACCGGGAGCUUCCCCUGUCGGAGCUCCUGGGCCGCAGGGUCCCUUCAGCAGUGCGGCUAGGUCUUGCCUACCAUGUGCAUGACCUCAUUGGGGCGCAGCUGGUGGACUGUGUCCCCACCACUUCUGGAACCCUCCUUUGCCUGCCAGAUACGUGAGGAGUCAGCUCUUGGAUUCUUCAGCUCACUGAGCGAGGUUCCCGGACGUGCCGCCCCAGGGACUGAGCGAGGUUCCCCAACGUGCCAACCCCAGGGUGGCUGGACAAGUCACCACAGAGGGCGCAAGGCUCUGCUGCUGCAAGCCGAGGCUCCCACCCGAGCUGGGCUGUGGGCACUGCAGCCCUUGGUUCUUUCCGUGGGACCAGGAGCCAGGAGCCGAGCCAAGGGGAUAAGAAGAUGGCUGGAGACACUGGAGAAGGAAGCAGAAAACUCUGCCCUUCACGUCAGACUGAAAUUGCCAAAUAAAAUACUUGUGCCUGCACUUC